AUGUUAGGCACAUCGCCACGGCUGCGGGAGCCAACUGUGGUGCAUCCAGACGAGCAGAUAUGGAAUGGUGUUCUGUUGGAACUAGACGAUGAGGAACUCUCUAGUGAUCUUAUGCGAAUGGCUGCUGUGAGUACAACAACGCAACGAAAUGAUACGUUUAUACCCCUCAGUUGCUCUGCUCAUGGUCCUUGCCGUUUGGAAGAGCAGAAAGCCUUAAGUGGGAGACUCCUAUGUCAGACCAGCGGAGAGAAGGGCAACUGGUCGAUGUCAGCACGGUCGAUACGGAAUGGCAGGUAUUCUCCAGACGAAUCGUCAAUUGCAUUGCUUGAAUAUCCCGGCACAGGCUUCAGAUUCGAUCUUAUUCAUCCUGAAUUGGAAUGUUCAAAAACUCAGAUCCGACCUGGAACUCUGCUGAAACCUCUUUCUGAACUUGACGAUCCACGGAUCGUGGACUUUCUGAGAAGGCAGCAUGAUGAGUCUCGACGUAAGGACGCUCUUCUAGCUCGUGAUGUGCUGAACCCUUGUGUCUACGCAGUCGUUCCGAAGACUAAUGUGAUGCGAUUGACUGACGACCAAGCAAUGCUACUUCUUGCCAUCGAGUGCGAACAACGGGUGCCUCUAUACAAAGAUUUUGAGAGAUUCGACUUCCUAAGCAGUUUGCGGGAGGGAGAUGCUGUUUUUGUCCAGGAUUCUAACAAGAUGUACAGCGGUCGUAUAAGCAGAGUGGGUGAACGGCCGUAUUGCUAUGGUACGUGGUACAAUAUCGAGAUACCGGUGAGUUGGAAAUUUGCGCUGGAUUUUGCUUCGCACAUUUUCGGAUUUCUCUGA